GGGAGCUCCAAGAUCAAGGCUGAGCUCCCCUUUCCCUAAGUCAUGGUCUCCCAGCCCCCUCCUUGUUUGGAUCAGGGAAUUUCAGACAUGCACACUGGAGUAGAGAAUCACAGGGACAGAAUCAGCCCAGGGAGGCCGGCGGAGGUUCCUGCAGAGGGGGUGCCUGGGCCCUGUGCUGCUCUUCCUGGGGGCCGGCAGGGUCGCCGGGCCUGCCCACUGGCAAGAGAGAGGGGACUGACCCGCUUGCUCCCAUCAGCUUCUGAAGGUAUCUGUGUUUGUUGGACAAAUACACAGCCUGGCACCUCUUUGGCUCCAAAGUCCAGAGGUGCCAAGAGCCAGGACCAAAAGAGCUGUUCACCAGGGAUGGACAAAUUGCCAGGGAUGUGGUGCAUUGUCCUACUUUCCCUUUUGGCGUGGGUUGACGCCGAGCCGACUAUGUAUGGGGAGAUCCUGUCCCCCAACUAUCCUCAGGCUUACCCCAAUGAGGUAGAGAAAUCUUGGGAUAUAGAAGUUCCUGAAGGGUACGGGAUCCACCUUUACUUCACCCACCUGGACAUAGAGCUGUCAGAGAACUGUGCAUAUGACUCAGUGCAGAUAAAGUCAGGAGGACGUGAAGAAGGGAAACUCUGUGGACAGAAGACCAGCAAGAACCCCAAGUCCCCAGUGGUGGAAGAGUUCCAAGUCCCGUAUAACAAACUCCAGGUGAUUUUUACGUCGGAUUUCUCCAAUGAGGAGCGUUUCACUGGGUUUGCCGCCUACUACAUUGCCGUAGAUGUGAAUGAGUGCACGGAUUUUGCAGACGCCCCUUGUAGCCAUUUCUGCAACAACUACAUUGGUGGCUACUUCUGCUCCUGCCCCCCAGAAUACUUCCUCCAUGAAGAUAAGAAGAAUUGUGGAGUCAAUUGCAGUGGGGACGUAUUCACCACACUGAUUGGUGAGGUGGCAAGUCCCAACUAUCCCAAUCCAUACCCAGAGAACUCCAGGUGUGACUAUCAGAUCCUGUUGGAGGAGGGGUUCCAAGUGGUGGUGACUAUGCGGAGAGAAGAUUUUGAUGUGGAACCAGCCGAUUCAGGGGGCCACUGCCCUGACAGCUUAGUUUUUGUUGCAGGAAACCAACAAUUUGGUCCCUACUGUGGUAAUGGAUUCCCUGGGCCACUAACAAUUGAAACCAAGAGUAAUGCUCUUAAUAUCAUCUUCCAAACUGACGAAACAGAGCAAAAAAAGGGCUGGAAAUUCCGUUACCAUGGUGAUCCAAUCCCUUGUCCUAAGGAAGUCACUGCCAAUUCUUUCUGGGAGCCUGAGAAAGCAAAAUACGUGUUCAGAGAUGUGGUGAAGAUAACCUGUCUGGAUGGCUUUGAAGUUGUACAGGGAACUGUUGGCUCAACGUCUUUCUAUUCUACUUGCCAAAGCAAUGGAAAGUGGAGUAAUUCCAAACUGAGGUGUCAACCUGUGGACUGUGGCUCUCCUGAACCCAUUCCUCAUGGGAAAGUCGAAGAUCCAGAACACACUCUAUUUGGUUCUGUCACUCGCUACUCUUGUGAGCAGCCGCAUUACUACAUGGAAACGGAUGGAAGUGAGGAGUAUCGCUGUGCUGGCAACGGGAGCUGGGUGAAUGAGCUGCUGGGUGCAGAGCUGCCAAAAUGUGUUCCAGUCUGUGGCAUCCCCAGCGAGCCCUUUAAAGGAAUGCAGAGGAUAUUUGGAGGAAUUAUUACGAAGAUUGAAAGCUUCCCCUGGCAAGUCUUCUUCCAGAAUCCACGGGCUGGUGGCGCUCUCAUUGAUGAGCAGUGGGUGCUCACAGCCGCCCACGUUGUGGAGGGAAACCAUGAGCCCGUGAUGUAUGUGGGGUCCUCCUCGGUGGUCACCUCACAUCUGGCAAAUGGCCAGAUGCUCACUGCUGAGCGUGUGUUUAUUCAUCCGGGCUGGGAGGAGCAGGAUGCCUCGGAACGGAAGAAUUUUGACAAUGACAUUGCACUGGUGCGGCUGAAAGACCCGGUGAAAAUGGGACCCACUGUGUCCCCUAUCUGCCUGCCAGGCACCUCCUCAGACUAUGAUCCCUCCGUGGGAGACCUGGGACUGAUCUCAGGCUGGGGCCGAACAAAUACAAAAGAUCAUGUUGUUAAGCUCAGAGGGGCCAAGUUGCCAGUCGCUCCCUCAGACAAAUGCCAGGAGAUCAAGGGGGCAAAUCCCAGAAUAGAUACAAGUUCUUUUGUUUUCACUGAUAACAUGAUCUGUGCUGGAGGCAGGGGUGUCGAUAGCUGUAACGGUGACAGUGGUGGGGCCUUUGCUAUGCAGGUCCCUAAUGAAGAGACCCCCAAAUUCUAUGUAGCUGGCCUGGUGUCCUGGGGCCCCCGGUGUGGGACCUAUGGGAUCUACACGCGCGUGAAGAACUACAUUGACUGGAUAAGGGAGACGAUGCAGCAAAAUAGUGCCCCCAGUGUGGACUAACCAGGGAGGUGCCCCCUGCCUCUCCAAGGGCUUUGACCCAUCUGUUGCUUUCCAUUCCUCACAACAUUCCCAUAAUUUCUCUGUGACUGAGAAAGGACAUGGGCAUCUGAUUUAACCAGAACUUGAUUGUUGGGAGACCUGGUUGGGAGUAGGGUUUGAUCAUGACAUUGUGUUGGUCACUGAGUGCUGUCGGAAUCCAGGGGUCUUCUCCCCUGAAGCCAUUCUGUGGAUAACCAUGCGGGAGGGGAUAUUAUCUUGUUCCAUGGGGGUCUCAUUUCCUGAUGAUUUUCUAGCAUUCCAGUUCUGACUCUGAAAUCCAUUGCUGGGCAUACCCUUGAUUUUUUGUUUCCCGUUUACCUGUCUGCAGUUCCGUUUACUUCAUCAUUCUUGAUGUCUACUCUCUACUGUAAUAAAGCAUGUUUAUAACCCA